AUGCCAUCAAAACGGAAAGAUCGUAGGUUUGACAAGCAUCGGUCUAACAAAGCUAAGUCGGAUAAGUCAAAGCCUAGCCAGGCAACCGAAUGGUCAGAGUGGAUAUGGGGUGGCACCCAAUGGCACCAGUACCGCAACAAUGAGUAUGGCGAACUUGAAUACAACACACACCCAGGCACAGCAGUCAAUGACUAUCCCCAAGAAAAUCGAUAUAACAAAAACGAAGAACCGAGAUUCGGUGCUCCACCCAACGGGUCACAGUGUGGUUGUGGUAGUGGCUGUUCAUCUAAUAGUGGCUGCGUUAGAUCCACAAAGUUCGGGGAUCUAGAACAGGAGAAGCGCCAGCCGGAUGGAGGGCAAGAUACCGCAAUCCCCAUUCCACCUCCAAUCUCCUCCUACCAGUGGCCUCAGCAGAACCAGAAUUCAGUUCCGACUUAUCCGUCUACUAGAUCCUCAUAUCAGACGAGCUAUACCGGAGAUGCUCAUGGUCGGCAACAAGAGCACAGCGUCACGAGCUCUGCUCAAUAUGCCCCAACACCUUACUCAUCCUCUGCAGCCCAAGGAAUUCCUUGGAAUGACGCUAUGAACAACACAUCCAAUAGCGGCUAUACAAACCAGGCACUAUACUCUACAUAUUCUGGAAUUAUUCAACCUUUCCAGCAACUAGCCGUGCAACAGGACGGGCCUUAUGGCGCUGACACAUGCAACGAUGACUUUCAAGGUCACUCAUCUAUAGCUACCCGACAUUCACCAUUGGAUAGUAGCCACGGGACAGUCUUCGGGCGGAUCUGUAAAGAAAUGGGCCUAUUAAAAGAAGACUACUGGGAAUAUCCAGAUAGGUACGAGAAGCCGGCAUCAUAUUGGAACGGUGAGAGAUUGCAAAACAAUUGCGUCUUUGUCUCUGUUGGAUAUCUUCUUGGUAUGCCAUCAGAAGAACUGUCAUCUUAUCUGCAGGCAAAGCCGCUGCCUACGGAACUUCAGGGGAUCAAUCUGGGAGAAAUCGAGCGCAUACUUUACAGAAUUCCUGGCCUAAACAUUGUUGCCUUCCCCGUCCAACUCGAGGGUUCUCGGAGACGGCAGAGUCAACAUCCAGAACCUCAACAACGCUUUGCCUUGAGAAAGUUGCCAGAAUGCCUCAAAGACAAGGAUCAGCCAUUCGCAAUUGGUUAUGAAAGAGGCAGCGGGCGUGGGCAUUGUGUUGUAGCACAAAAUCUUCGUGGGCGAGGUGGGACUAGAGUGGAGGACUACCAGUUUACUUGUUUCCAGCAUGAAACAAACGGGAGGAAUAUGUCAGAAGACGUAAGGAAUAGUUUCAUCAGUUUUGCCAUUUUCAUAGAUCCUGGGUCUAGGAACCGUGCUCUGAGCUGCUUCUACGAAAGCACACUCCAGAGUAAUGGAAGUCGAGGCGCUGCAUCUGCAAAUCACGUAACGCUUUAUGAUGAUGGGAGAAGCCCUACCACGGUCAGCUAUUAG